UAUCAGAAAGCCUGCAAUGAAUUCACCACUCAUGUAAUGAACCUGCUGAAAGAGCAGUCACGGACACGGCCCAUCUCACCAAAAGAGAUUGAACGCAUGGUGAACAUCAUUCACCGCAAGUUCAGCUCCAUCCAAAUGCAGCUCAAGCAGAGCACCUGUGAGGCUGUCAUGAUCCUGCGCUCUAGGUUCCUGGACGCUAGGCGGAAAAGGCGGAACUUUAGCAAACAAGCCACGGAAAUUCUAAAUGAGUAUUUUUAUUCACACCUGAGUAAUCCAUACCCCAGUGAGGAGGCCAAAGAGGAGCUCGCAAAAAAGUGCAGCAUCACUGUUUCCCAGCCAUCAUUCGGUCUGACGCUGUGGAUGCAACGUGAGACUGACAGUCCGACUGGGGCAGGAGGGGUGAGGGAGGUCACCGGGAGGUUUCAGGGGAGCAUGAGGAGCAGACGGAGAGAAGAAGCUCAUUACCUGGGCAGUCCCAUGGACCUGAAGCCAGAGGGCAAGUGCUAA